CACACUUCUAGCUCGGAUCAGUCAUUUAAAACGCAUCAUUUAAUCGUGUUAAAUUACAGAUAAAUACCGAAAAUCCGGUGCCAAAUAUUUAAGCGGCGUCCCUCAAAUAUUUACCAAGUUUUCGAUCAUAUUUCGAAGCGAUAAAAUUUAGGGAGAAUUUAUGAAAUGUCAUUUUAAAACGUGCGAACAAAUUGGCACAAAACUUGAACGUUGAAUCAGUAGUGGAUAAACACCAUUCGGGUCAAAAUGAUGAAUUUGUUUUAUUGUCACCUGUAAAAUAAAUACGAAGUGUAGAUACUAUUAAGUGCAUAUUGAUAUUAACAAAAAAUGGCGGCGUAUCAAUUUUCUAAAAGAAGGAGUUCGUCAAUUAAAAAAGAAUUCACCGAGAAUGAGCUAGAAGGUCUGAAAAUUGCUUUUGAACUGCUCGACCGGAACCAAGAUGGGCGGGUCACACCGGGGGAGUUCAAGAUUAUGCUGAAUAAUUUAGGAAUAGACAUUAAAUAUGAAAAAGCUGAAGAAAUAAUUAGGAUUGCUAGUCAUUCAGGCUCAGAUUUAAUCGACCAAAACGACUUCCUUUCUUUCGUUAAACAAAUUCAAAAAGCAUGUCCAGGAGACGUAGACGAGGAUAUAGCUAGUGACUUAAAAGCUGCCUUCCAAGUUUUUGAUUUGGACGGAGAUGGUUAUAUUACAAAAGAGGAGUUAAAAACAGCUAUGGAAAUGAUCGGGGAGGCUGUUACGGAUCAACAAUUGGAGCAGGUUAUUCGACUAGCUGAUACUGAUAAGGACGGAAGGAUAAAUUAUGAAGAAUAUAGACACCUGCAGAGAAGAAUAAAAAAGGAGAUCAAAUUAGCCAAAGAAAAAUGGAUGAGAGAAAAAAUUUGUCAAGUUAUUAACAUCAUAAAGAAAAUAAGAAGAACAAGGCUUAAAAUGGUUCCAAUGUUCUAUGGUGAAAAUGAAACACAACAUGAUAAAAUUCUUGUUAAAGUGGUAGAAAGUGCUAGACAGUAUGGAAUGAAAUUGAAUGACGAAAAAGUGCAAUUCAAAGUAAAAAAGGUUAGUUAUGUGUAUCAAAUAUUUUCUGAAAGUGGAGUUAAACCACAGGCCAUAGAACAGCUUGAGAAACCUAAAAAUAAAAAUAAACUCUUAACAAUAUGUAUUAGGGAUGAUAAAUUAUUUAACUAA